AUGUGUUCCUACCCCGACAGCCACAAGAUCGUACUCGAAGCCUUGAUCCACGCCCUAAACAUCUCCAUGGCCGAUCUCCUCAGCCUUCUCACUUACCAAGCUCCAAUAUCCAAUUUGCUCCUGGUGUCGCCUAUAGAGCCCGAGACCAGUCCCGCAUGGACAGCACCGACACACCCACCACCGAGACCUCCGCGGCACCGCCCUAGUUCACCUUGGUACCACGUAAGGGCCAUUUUUACUUCGUUGACCAUCAUCACAUAUAUCUUGACGGUCGUUUGUACCUACAUCUACGUAUAUACAAAAAGCGAACAAGGACGAAAAAUGGAUAACCCCGUGUCGAUAAACCCUGACGAGGAGUCAAUAUAUGAACAUGUGGGGUCAAUAUCAGACGAUGAAGACAUGGAGCUACUAUGGGAUGAUGACGACGCAAUACAGGGUGACAAUGAGGAUUUGAUCCAGGAUCAUGAGGGAGAGUCAAUACAAGACCAUGAGAGGUGGCAGAGGGGUCGACAGAGGGUGCGCCAGAGCGACGCGAACCAGGAAAGCGAGGAAGAGGUAGAUCCUAUACUCGCAUGGCGGGCCAAUGUGUUAUAA